CUGACUCAGCAUAAUAUUUAUGUAUUUUUUCUCAUUGAUUCUCAGGGUUUCCAUAAUCAAUAUUAGCGUUAUUUUACUAUACAUACGAAAAGGUCUGUGCGAAAUAUCUUCAAUAUAGCGUCUAGAAAGUAAUAGUGUUUUCAACACAUAUGGCAACUGCACCCAUUCUCCUGGAUAAGCCGCUCAUCGACGAUCUUUUGGCAUCAAAAGAAACAUUUAUAUUUGAUUGUGAUGGUGUCCUUUGGAGACAAAAUGAUGUUUAUCCCCGAACAGCAGAACUAAUUAAAUAUCUUCGUAAAUUGGGCAAAAAAAUAUUCUUUGUUUCAAACAAUAACACCAAAGCCCGAAGACAAUAUCUUGAAAAGUUUUAUCGUCUCGGGAUCGACGCUAAAGAGGAGGAAAUUUAUUCUUCUGGAUACGCUGCAGCAUAUUACAUCAAACAUGUUGCAAAACUUCAAGGCAAAGUGUAUGUCAUUGGAUCUCCUGGUCUGGUGGAAGAACUUGAAAAAGAGAAUAUUUCACAUAUAGGCUCUGGGCCUGAUGAAGUAAAGUUUGAUGAAAUUGGCAAAGAUGAAGGUGUCACUUUGGACCCCGAGGUUACUUGUGUUUUGCAUGGUUUUGAUUCUCACUACAACUACAACAAAAUACGAAAAGCUGUAAACUAUCUUGCGAAAGAUUCGGUUCAAUUUAUCGCUACAAAUAAGGAUAUGACAUUUCCUUCUGCGGGGAAUUUUAUUUUUCCUGGCACAGGUUGCCUAGUUACGGCGACUGAAGUUUCAGCUGGAAGGAAGGCAACUAUUGUUGGGAAGCCAGGGACAUUAAUUAUGGAUUGUAUAGUUCACCAACACAACAUUGAUCCACGAAAGGCGUGUGUAUUUGGAGACAACAUUUGUACGGAUAUCGAGUUUGGAAAUCGCUGUAGUACAUCAACCGUUUUAGUCUUGACUGGUGUAUCAAGUUUAGCCGACGUCGAAAGUGAACGAAAGUCAAGCUGUGGUAAACCAAAUAUGAAAAUACCUGAGUUUUAUAUAGACGGUGUUACAGAAUUUUACAAUUUGACACAAAAAUGACAAAAUUAACAGCAAAAGCAUUUCAGUACUAUAGUUUAGUAAUUUACUGUAGACAAAUUGAUGUACUUAAAUAAUAAUUUUGUAAACUAAUUAUUGUGUUACGUCACUUUCAAAUGAGAAUUGUUGCUCAAACCAAAUAGCACGCGGAGUCUGUGCCUGUUUUAAAAUUCUAAUAUCAGUAGCUGUCAGUAGUUUUUUUAUGAUAUAUCAUGCAAAUCGCGAGAAUACCGCGAUUGAUCAUAUUGUACUGAACUAUACUGAAUACCUUGUUUAGAAAGUGGACAUUUGCCUUAGUGUACAGCUGAUAAAGACUUAAAACGUUUGACUUCAUACUGAGUUUGCGCAGUAGGGAUACACUGAGAUAUUGUUUAUCUCAUCCAACUACACGAUAGUUACGAUAAGCUAAUAUAAUCAAGAUGAAUUGAUGUAUGUUGGUAAAACAUCCCACUCUUAUUGGACAACAAUACAGUUAAUUUAUCAAGAUAAACAUCACUUUAAUUAAUCAUAAUAGUGUUGUACCUAAACUAUGCUAUCAACUGAGAAUGUUGCGUACAUUUGCCCGCCAACAUUAAAUCUAUUGUGGUAUU